GUCUUUGUUCUUGUUUUGUUUUUAAAAGUUUAACUUUCGUUUUCAGUGAAAUUAUUUUAAGUUUUUAUUGCUUCUUUCCAAAAAUUUAUUAUUUAUUUGGGACGAAAGCUGACUGAAAUUGUGUGUUUCCAGCUGUUGAGCGUCGCGUAGAAUACGAUCACAAAUGGUAAUACCUUCUAACAUUAGUGAAAGAAUAGUAUCUGGAUCAUUGUAUUGGGUUGUUGAAAAAAAGAUGUCUCGAAAACCUGUACCUGACUCUGCGGACAGUUAUUCAACGGGUUCGGACUGCGCUGAUACUCCGGAAAUACCCCCAAGAGAUCUUUCUUGGAAGGUCAGACAUGAACGUAUCAACGUGGAUGGGAACCAUCUGAGUUUUGAUGGCAAGAUGACUGGUCUUUAUGUUGCUGCAAAGCCGCUGUCUCCAGAGAAUUACUACUUUGAAAUUGAAAUUGUUGACCCUGGGAAUUGUUCUUGCAUUGCAAUGGGCAUUGUACCCGACAAGUAUCCACUGGAUGCCGCGCCUGGAUGGAGAGCAUACUCAGUUGGAUAUCACGCCGAUGAUGGAUGCAUAUAUAAGGAAUCUGGUGAGAACGGCAUUCCGUUUGGUGCAAAGUGCAACAUUGGCGAUAUAAUGGGAUGUGGUAUACAGUUUUCGAAAAGUGAAGAGGAACGACGUAAGCUUGAUCCCGAUGUUCAGGUGUUGUUCACAAGAAAUGGCAAGGAGGUGGGAACAGUGACUGUUCCGUAUCCCCCUGGGGGCCUGUACCCAGCGGUGGGGAUGGAAUCUGACGGGGCGAAGGUGAGACUAAUACUGGACGCCGAGUGGCAAUAUGAAUUGCACGCCAGCAAUCUCGAUGGACUGACACCGAGCUAUCCUGGUUCUAGUCCAAUACAUAAUCCCCCUGUUCCGUUUGUUCAUCAUAUCGGCGGACUAUAUCCCAACAAGAUGAUUGUCAUCCACGGCAUUCCCUUUCCGAAUCCGUCCAGGUUCACUGUGUACAUCCAACAAGGCAAUCACCAUGAGCCCCACGAAAUUGCGAUGUGUGUGGAUUCUAGGUUUUGGUUCAACAACGAAACCAACACCUUAGUUCGCAACCACAAGCAGGGCGGCUGGGGUUCCGAGGAGAGGACGGUGCCUUACUUUCCGUUUGCUCCGAACGUUCCGUUCGAAAUGACGAUAUUGGUGGAGCAUAAUCACUUCACGAUUGCUAUAAACAACCAGCAUAUGUUCGAGUUCCACCAUCGACUCCAUCCCGUCGCCAAGUACGACAUGAUUAGAAUCGACGGCGAUGUGCGUCUGACCCAAGUGCGCUUUCAAGGAUGAGCGCAUUGUACGAUAUCUGAAUCUUUUCUUUAAGAUAUAUGGUAUUUUGUAUAUGAAAAACUUGAGUUGCGUCAAUUUCUGUAAUGUGUUAUUUAUGUAAUUUAUGCAUUCUUCAGUAUCCUAUUACUUAAUUUAACUAUGAAGUUGUUUUUGGCUCUAAAUCUUUGUAAUGAAUUGGCAGAUACGUCUGUAAUGUAAGCUUCUUAUUUUCAAUAAGUCGCCCAAUAUUGCAUUCUGAAGCCAUUCAUUAUUAAAGGCUUUCUUUGAGGCUAAGUCGUUAUAUUAAGUUAAUGAUUCAUUUUUACAUAUAGUUAGGUGUGAAUUUGCAUUAGGUAUUGCGGAUUGCAAAACAAAAAUAUGUCAUAUAACGUCAAAGACACAAAACGCAGAUAAAGUGAUCAUAAUGACAUAAACAAUUGAGUGAUGUACUACGUGGGGCCCACGUUUAUCUUUCUUCUUAUGUGAUUCUUUAUACUUUUGCAAUCGAAGGUCGAAUGAAACGACAUGUACAAUUUUGAAAUAAUAAAAAAGUGUAAUUUUAUUUUAAUGACACAUCUUUAAAUGUACAAUAUUGUGCUUUUAAUAAGGAAUUGCCGGUUCAAUACGUUAAAGAAUACGGAGAAAGUCAAACACGUUAUAUUCUGUAUGCCAUAUGUGCAAUCCAAACGUUGUAAAACUUAUUUUACUUUACCAAAUCAAACAUAAACAUAUUAUAAUAUUUUGAAAAAUGUGUCUGUUCGUUUUACUUUUUCCUAAAUACGACUAAUAUUCUUAUAAAUCUACAGUAUGAACACAUUACAUAAUAAAUUCAUAAUUUAGCAACCAAACUGUAAAUUCUUAAACAUAUCAGAUUUAUGUAAACGUUCAAUGCAUUUGUUAAAUAUCUUACGAAUGACCAUACACAUAUUAAAAUUACAACAUCUCACUCUACGGUUUAUCCUUUCAUCUUUAGUAAUGGUCGUUUGUGAUCUAGGAAGUAUAUUUUGUUACAAUUGAAGUUGCGUCUACGUCAUCAUUACGACAACUGCUGAGACGCCACAGUGAGUAAUUGAGAAUAGAUGUCACUGAACGCCAUCCUUAAAAUAAAUUUGAUAAAAUAUGCUGCAUGUGUGUGAAAAAUAAUCGUUUACUUCAAAACGAUUGAUGUGAGCUGUACGAGCUUAUAUAGACAAAACUUUGACAGAACUGUACGGAAUACCGGUAAUGUGAAACCCAUACCAGAAAUUAGAAUUGCCUUCAUAUUGCCCUUAAUCUGUACACUCGUUGACGCUUAUUAUAAAACACAAUGUCUAUUUAGCACUUACAUAUUACUAUUAAGUUUUUUUCAAUUCACCCAUAAAUGGUAUUUAUUACAAUGGUUUCCAGCAACAUAGCUAUACUUUGUGUUAUGAUUAUAUCUUAUGUAUCGUUAGAAAAACAUUAUUUGUGAAUGCAGGUUUUUUUUUCAGCAACAAUCGUCUGAUAAUUUACGUUGCCAGAAAGGAUAACACAUAAUCCGCAGAGCAAUGUUAAUAUAUUAACCAAGCUUCAUAAUUAUAUUGUGUGUACUUUUUAAAAAUUUUAUUGUUGUAUGCUGAAGUACAGACCGGUGGAUGUGUGAAUAUAUUAAAGGAUUGACAGACCAAAUGCGACUUACUACAAAAUAAAUAUAUUCAUUUUCCUGA